CCAUUCUUCUUCUCCUUCCCCAAAAGGCAGUGGCAAUUCUGCAAUUGAGGUGAAACCGAGGGGCAACAAUCGAGGCGUCCUGACAACAUAUGGCGCCGUUGUAGCAAAGAGACGGAGCACCAGGGGCUCAGUAUUUGGGAGACACCAAACCUCGCUGUCGCCGCCCCUAGCCCGCCUGCCUGAAUCCUUCCACUGCGUCACAGACAAGUGCCACAGGCAUAGGCGCCGUCAUGUGUUGCAGGUUGUAGGUGGGUGCAGCGGGGAGCAUUGAGAUCAAUUCAUAAAACCUACUCUCUUUGUCUAAUUAGAUGGGUUCAGCAGAAAAGGAUAGUGACAGUGAGAAAGUGGGGACCUCACAAGAUGUUAAUGCUUUGCUAAAAGGACCGCCGACAGCUGGAAUUAGUCCCUCGGGCGAGAGCUCCCCAAAAACGAGUAUUGAAGGGAUUGAUGCGUUAUCAUAUGCCAACAUUUUGCGCUCUAGGAACAAGUUUGUGGAUGCCCUUGCGGUCUAUGGGAGUGUCUUGGAGAAGGAUAAUGAAAAUGUUGAAGCUCUAAUUGGUAAAGGGAUAUGCUUGCAGAUGCAGAACUUGGGAAGGCUUGCGUAUGAGAGUUUUGCCGAAGCCAUCAAACUCCAGCCUGAAAAUGCAUGUGCUCUGACACACUGUGGUAUCCUAUAUAAAGAUGAGGGUCGAUUGGUGGAGGCAGCUGAGAUGUAUCAGAAAGCUCUAAAGGCUGAUCCUUCCUACAAGCUAGCAUCAGAAUGCUUGGCAAUUGUUUUGACAGAUCUGGGGACAGGCUUAAAGCUUGCUGGUAAUACUCAAGACGGAAUUCAGAAGUAUUAUGAGGCUAUCAAAAUAGAUCCACGUUAUGCUCCUGCUUAUUAUAAUCUCGGCGUUGUCUAUUCGGAAAUGAUGCAAUAUGACACAGCCCUUAGUUGCUACGAGAAAGCUGCAAUAGAGAGGCCUAUGUAUGCUGAGGCAUAUUGCAACAUGGGUGUCAUCUACAAAAACCGUGGGGAUUUGGAGUCUGCAAUCGCUUGUUAUGAAAGGUGUCUAACUGUCUCUCCAAAUUUUGAGAUAGCCAAAAAUAACAUGGCUAUUGCCUUGACUGACUUAGGCACAAAGGUUAAAUUGGAGGGCGACAUAAACCAGGGCAUUGCAUAUUAUAAAAAGGCUCUCUGUUAUAAUUGGCACUAUGCUGAUGCCAUGUACAACCUUGGUGUUGCUUAUGGGGAAAUGCUGAAGUUUGACAUGGCAAUUGUGUUUUAUGAACUCGCAUUCCACUUUAAUCCCCAUUGUGCAGAGGCUUGCAACAAUUUAGGGGUUAUUUAUAAGGAUCGAGACAACCUUGAUAAAGCAGUAGAGUGUUACCAGUUAGCAUUAUCAAUUAAGCCUAACUUUUCCCAAUCGCUAAACAAUCUUGGAGUGGUUUACACUGUUCAGGGCAAAAUGGAUGCUGCUGCGAGCAUGAUAGAAAAAGCUAUCGUCGCAAACCCGACGUAUGCAGAAGCAUAUAAUAACUUAGGAGUUCUGUACAGAGACGCUGGAAACAUUUCUCUAGCAGUGGAAGCUUAUGAGCAGUGCCUCAAAAUAGAUCCAGAUUCUCGCAAUGCAGGCCAGAACCGGUUGCUUGCAAUGAACUACAUAAAUGAAGGCAAUGAUGAUAGAUUAUAUGAGGCUCACAGGGACUGGGGCAGGCGCUUUAUGAGGUUAUUUCCACAAUAUACUUCCUGGGAUAACAUUAAAGAUCCAGAAAGGCCACUUGUUAUCGGAUAUGUGUCUCCUGAUUAUUUCAUUCAUUCCGUGUCAUAUUUCGUCGAAGCACCACUUAUAUAUCAUGACUAUGCAAAGUAUAAAGUGGUUGCUUACUCAGGAGUUGUGAAGGCAGAUGCAAAAACUAAUAGAUUUAGAGAUAGAGUCUUGAAGAGUGGUGGAAUUUGGAGGGACAUUUAUGGUAUUGACGAGAAAAAAGUGGCAAGUAUGGUAAGGGAAGAUAAAAUUGAUAUCUUGGUGGAACUUACCGGUCAUACUGCAAACAACAAAUUGGGAAUGAUGGCUUGUCGGCCUGCUCCUGUCCAGGUGACAUGGAUUGGUUAUCCAAAUACAACUGGUUUACCUACCAUUGAUUAUAGGAUAUCUGAUGCAUUGGCAGACCCCUCUGAUUCAAAACAGAAGCACGUCGAGGAGUUGAUUCGUUUACCGGAUUCAUUUCUGUGCUACAGUCCUUCACCAGAAGCAGGGUCAGUGUCUCCAGCACCUGCCCUAACUAAUGGCUUCAUCACAUUUGGUAGCUUCAACAAUCUGGCCAAGAUAACGCAGAAAGUGUUGCGGGUCUGGGCAAAGAUUUUAUGUGCAGUUCCAAAUUCACGGCUUAUUGUCAAGUGUAAGCCUUUUUGCUGUGAUAGUGUGAGGCAACAAUUCCUCUCGACACUUGAGAAAUUAGGAUUGGAACCACUUCGUGUUGAUCUUCUGCCUCUGAUUCUUCUCAAUCAUGAUCAUAUGCAAGCAUAUUCUCUGAUGGACAUAAGCUUGGAUACUUUUCCUUAUGCUGGGACAACUACCACUUGUGAAUCUCUAUACAUGGGAGUCCCAUGUGUCACAAUGGGAGGUUCGGUACAUGCUCACAAUGUUGGUGUCAGUCUCCUCAAAACAGUUGGAUUGAACAAUUUGGUUGCCAACAACGAAGAAGAAUAUGUGGAGCUAGCCCUGAAGUUGGCCUCUGAUGUGAAUGCCCUCUCAGACUUAAGAAUGAAACUGCGAGAUCUCAUGCUCAAAUCUCCCCUGUGUGAUGGAUCUAAAUUCACUCGCAAUCUGGAAUCAACAUACAGGAGUAUGUGGCGGCGGUAUUGUAAUGGUGAUGUGCCAUCCUCGAGGACCAUGGAUCAACUACAGCAGCAGCAGGGCACAGCAGAAUUGGUUGUGAGAGUUGCUGAACCCAGUAUGAUAACUACUACUAGAGAUGGCUCCAACGGAGGACCAAUCAUUGCCAAUGGAUUUAACCCCGGGCAAUCAUCCUCGUCAAAUACUUUUCAAGGAGAAGAAAAUGGAUCCCUGUCGAAUCAAACUGCUAGCAGCUCAGGCAAGUUGAGUUGAGGUUCCUUCACUGCUUAAGUUAACGCCUAUUAACCGUUGUACCAUACCGCAUAUUUGAAAGGCUCUAAAUGCUAGAUUGCAAACCACUAGGGGUUUGGUGGCAUUAUUGGCAUAUUUGGGGUGAUAUUAUUAUGUAUUGGAUGAUCCUAUAUAUACCAUUUAGGGAGCAUGCAAAUAUGCAAUAUGUAUUUUGAUGAAGAUAUCAAAUCUAGCUCAGAAACAUGGGAUGGUAGCAGUAUGGGCUUGUAUUAGUACACUUUUUUAUUUUUUUUUUAGCAACAUUACCCCCCUUUGGCUGGGGUGUAUUGGGUUUUGGCAACAUAAAGGUUGAAUGAAAGUCUAUUAAUAGUGGAAACAUGAAACAGUUGUGGACUUUCA